AUGUCAAGCGAGCGAAUAAACGAGGGAGAAACCAUUCUCGAUUCCUCUGUCCCGCCCCAAUUGGAUGUACCUGAGAGGCAGGAUGAUAUUUCGAAUACAAGCUUGCCUCCGGUGACAACAAAGCCCCGCAAAUUUACGCUUACUAAAUAUACUAUCUACGUCACCACGCAAAGAAUGUACAUAGUUGGCAGCAAUGGCCGCGAAACAGUGUUCAGGAUCAUGGAAAUCGACCUCACCUCUGGAGAUAAGCUGAUCAUCAUGGAAGACAAUGUGUACUUUACCACAAACGAAAUUAUGGACGUUCUCAACGGACUGGAAGAGAGCAGCGAGGGAGGUCUCAGCAAAAAAAUUACCGCUGUGGGACUCUUGGGGUUUAUAAGAUUCACAAAGCACUAUUACCUGUGUGUGGUGACAAAAAGACGGCCAGUGGCCAUACUUGGAGGAUACUAUCUGUACCACAUUGAUGCUACCGAGCUAAUUCCCGUUGCCAGCAACCCUAAACGGCCAGAUCGAAACUCCGAAGAAGCACGCUACAUAUCUACGUUUCAGAAUAUUGACCUUGGAAAGACGUUCUACUACAGCUACAAUUACGAUCUUACCAACACGCUGCAGGUCAAUUUUUUGAAGAACAAAAGACAGUCCCUAGGUCUGAACAAACAGGACCUUGCCAAAACAUUUGAGUACCACGAUCGCUUUGUGUGGAACUCUUUUUUGCUGAAGCCUGUUUUCAAAACCUUUGACCGUGUGUACGACUGGUUUCAGCCGAUCAUUCACGGUUUUAUUGACCAGGUGAAUAUUUCGAUUUUUGACGUUCAAGUAUAUGUCACCCUUAUAGCUCGCAGAUCGCACCAUUUUGCAGGAGCCAGGUUUUUCAAAAGAGGAGUGAACGACCGUGGAGAUGUGGCCAAUGAAGUGGAGACGGAGCAGAUUGUGAGCGACAUGCUCACUACUUCUUUCCAUGAUCCGGAGGGU